UUUAGAAAUAUUGUGCAUAUAUUAACAUGAGAUAUAUGUAUAUUAUUGUCACUUAGCUCCUGAUUGUUAAAGUAUCAACAUCAUGUUGGCAUAAACUCUGUGUUGCGGAAUCUUACUUUUCUUUGUAGGCACUAGUUUAUGCGUCCAAGGAGCUAUCACUAUCGUAUUAGGACAUGUUUAUAACGGCAUUAUAAUCUAUAUUGAGGGAUUCCGAUUCUAUCGAUGUGAAGACACAUUGUGGUUGUGAAUAUGUUACCAUAGAUGUGAUACAUAUAGGUCACCAUGGCGAAUCGCACCGAUCCCACUGCUGUGAUGGUACACGGUACCAAUCCGCAAAAUCUGUUCAGCAAGAUUUUGCGCGACAAGGUGUACAACUCUAUGUAUUGGAAGGAGAGUUGCUUCGGUUUGACUGCCGAGUCUAUUAUUGAUAAGGCUAUUGAUUUGCAGUACAUUGGUGGUACUUUUGGUGGUAAUCGUCAGCCAUCACCUUUUUUAUGUUUGGUUUUGAAGCUGUUGCAGAUACAGCCAGAAAUUGAAAUCAUCCAGGAAUACAUUCGCAACGAGGAGUUCAAGUACCUUCGGGCGCUUGGCAUAUAUUAUAUGCGCCUUGUAGGCAAUGCGGUUCAGAUAUACCAGAAUUUGGAGCCCGUAUACGCCGAUUAUCGCAAAUUGCGUUUUCGCAAUAAUGAUGGUAGUUAUGACAUUAGGCACAUGGACGAGUUUGUGGAUGAUUGCCUUAGACUAUCGAGUUACCUUGACGUUGAUUUACCGAUAUUACCUAAACGCAUGAUUCUUGAGGAGACUAAGCAACUUGGUCCUCGCAGGUCAUUGCUGGAUGAAGCGGAUGAUUUUGUUCCGGAGCUUCCCAGCCCCCGCGAGACAGUCUCUUGACAAAUUAUUAGACGCUGUCUAUU